AUGGAUGAUUUGGAUACCCCCCUUGUUCAUCAAGGUUUCCUCAAACUCAAUUUUGACAGUGCCAAAAGAGGCACUACUUCCUCAAGCUUGGGCUAUGUCAUCAGAGGCGAGAAAGGAGAUCUCAUUCUUGCAGGUACAAAGGCUCUACAUCCGGAGGAUUCAAUCCUCUUUGCGGAAGCGUGUGCACUCCGAGAAGGAAUCAAGAGUGCUUUGACGCCGGGAUGCAAAAAGUUGAUCAUUGAGGGAGAUAACUUGAUGGUAAUCAAUGCCAUUAAUCGUGUACGGCAGAUUCCGUGGGAGAUUAGGGGUCUCAUUGAAGACUCAACAGCGGAUUUAUCCAACAUCGACGAAUGCGUGAUCAACCAUUGCUACCGGGAGGCCAACCAAGCGGCUGAUUUGAUGGUGGCAAAAGGAAGCUUAUGUAUUUCUUUGUCGUUAUGGUUUUCAUCCUUUGAUCCUCCCCUUUCCCUUAUCAUCUGUAAGGAUGCUUUAGGUUACCCUUUCCAAAGGGGUUAA